AUGGCGAGACCGGCACGUAGAUUAUAUAGAAAACGUAUAAAAAGACGAAUUUAUAAAAAAAUUCCAAGUGAAGUUGUAGGUAAUUCAUUAAAUGUUAAUUGUGAAUAUUUUGAUGUACUUAGAUUAAAAGGUGUUGCAGCUGGUAUUGGGUUUUGGAAUGGUUUUCAGAUACCAAGUUUUAGGAAUAUAAAAGAUAUGCUUUUGAAUAGUCAAUCUUAUCUUAAGUUUUCUCCUUUAUAUGGAAAACUUCGAAUUAAUUCGAUUAAGAUUAUGGCUUCUCCAGUUCAUACAAUAUCUAAAUUACCUAAUGACGUUGGUGGUUUACCACUUUUCUUUGCAACUUUUUAUCCUAAUUUUACAUCUACUGCGGUAGAUAAUAAUGCUACUUUAUCUCAUGAUACGUCAUUAGUACUUGAUGUUAUUAAGUUAGAGCAACAACAUAAGACUUAUAGACUUCCUUUACAAUUUUACGAAGGUUCUGAAGGUACUGGUUAUGGUGUUGAUUUUGAUCCUGGAAAGAUACAGUCUUUAUCUGGUGAAAUUCAUGUUGCUCCUUCUUAUCAAAUUUUUUAUCCAGGAUUGGCUGAUUUAAGUUUGUUUAAUUUUACUUGUAUUAUUAAUAUUAGUUUUUCUGAUCAAAUAUGGUAA